AACGUGAUAUUUAUCCUGAUUUCCUCAUAUAUUUCAAGCCUGGGUUCAUUUUCGUGCCGUUGGCGUUGGACGUGCGAACUCUUCACGGUCUAAAUGUACAAACUAUUCAGAACUAUGGGGUGCGUCAAGUCCAAAAAGCGUGACCCAAAUGCAAACUCCACAGAGAAGGGGCGAGGAGGGGAGAAGGCCUACCUGGUGCCGUCGGGUCAGCAGUCCCAAGAUGGCCGCCCUCCCGUGAGCCCGGCGCUGUUGGACUUCGCUCAGAGACUGUCGGAGGAGAUCGUGAGCCGGGCGGUGCAGCAGUGGGUGGAGGUGGACAGGAGAUACGUAGAUAUUCCCUACAUAGAGUGCGACGUGCCCUGACGACGCUAAACAAACACGCUAACGCUAAAUAAACACGCUAACGUUUGUCCAAAAUCUGGGGGGAAAAAACAAACAAACAA